AAGCAAGUAAAAAAGAUGUAUCCGUAUUGGUUCAAGAAGGAGGAUCACAACAAAGGUGGAGAGGCUGGAGGAAGCACUCAAGCACUUGUCUCUCCGGGCAUGGCGACACUUGUGAGAGAGAUGCAGCGAGUUGCUACCACCACCAUCAGAGGUGUGAGGCAGCUGCACCUGUCCAAACCUUAUAGUAGCACCUUUACGGCCACAGAUGCUGUCAUGCCGAAGCCCUACACCACGAAAUUUACUGGUUAUAUGGGUGUUACUGUGGCAACAUCAAUGGGUAUAUUUACUGGUGCAGAAAUAAGCAAAAAUAUUGCAAGCUUCCUUGAAGAAAAUGAAUUGUUUGUUCCUUCUGAUGAUGAUGAUGAUGAUUAAUCAUUAAUUAAAAACAAUUCAAGGUAAGUUUUAUUAAGCAACAACAAGAAUGCCCAUCCUAAGGGGCAAAAGGACCAUGGCAAAUUGCAUUUUGAGGGUCCUGCCUCAAAAAUUUGAUUUGGAGAGUUUUGUCAAAUUUAAACAGGUUUAAUCCUGGAAAUAAAGCUAGUUUUCUUGCAUAUAUAUAUCUGUACUAUCACCAGAAGUUGCUAGAGUCCAUUAUUGUAUCACUUUCAUUACUAGAUAAUGGUGUUUGUAAAAUCAGAAAUAAAGGAAACCAUUGUCCGGCAGUUCAAUUCCUCAAGAUUCCAAUGUCAUACAGUAUUGUUACUUUCAAGUGUGUGAAGUUUUACUUUUUGUUGAUAAAAAUGUAGUUGGCAUUGAAAAUUGUGCAUUAUGUGAUUUAGGGCAAUAGUAAGACCUUUCAUAUUUCAUGGAUUGAGUUCACUACAUGUUUUCAAUGGGUGUGUAUGCUGGUGGUGCAGUUGAUAGCAUCCUGCCUUGCAUCUAUUUUAACAGGUUGAUUCUGCAUGAUUCCUUUCUCAUAAUACAUACUCAGAUAAUACUAAAAUUUAAAGGACUUUCAGCCUUAAAUAUUUAACCUAUGGUGCUUUUAUCUGAAGAAAAAAAAUAUGGGAAUUAUGUUAAUAUGACCCAAUGGAAGUUCACCAUGAAACUUAUGCAGGUGAGGCAGUUGUCACAGGCUGAGUUCAUUUUCAGGAGAGAUACAGGGAUAAAAGUAAUUCCUGCAAUACUGAUGCUUUAAUAUAUGUAAUUUUGGUAUAGUUAUACAAACAAUCUUGCAUAUCAAAUAGGAGAAAACUAGGUGCAGCAGUGUAUUUUAUUUUCAAUAUUUCUUUCCCAGGUUUGUGAAUUUUCAUCUAGUCUUCACUGCUUCCUUCAAAUCAUUUAUUCAAUUUAUUAAGUUAGCUAUUAGUUUUACUUGACUGUAAUGAUACCAAUGUUAAAACUCUCAUGUAAAUGAGUAAAAUGUUGAUUUUUUUAUGCAUAUAUUAGUGACUUAACAAUUAUUAUAUAGUUGUAAAAUAUUAUGCAGUGUAAUUUAUGUAUAGCAUGAAGAUUUUACUUUAACAUUUGCCAUCUGUUAUAUACAAAGUAUGCAUUGGUUAUAUACUUAAUAUACCAUAUCUCUGUCAUGUAACUUGUUUAAGAUGUCUGAUAAUACUUAUAAAUAUUAUAACUGUUUAAGGUAUAGCAUUUAAGUUUUGCAGCGAGUUUUUGUUAUCGCGUAAUACAGUAUGUAAAAUCUGGUAGAGUUGUUAACGUAAUUCUUUGUAUGAGUAAACUACAACAGUGUGUUUCUUGAAUGCCACAUGAAAAAAAAGGUCACUUGUAACAGAUAUACUGUAUUUUGUGUACAUUAUUUACAUACAGUAUUAAUGUUACUGUAAAAUCUUAAUAGGUGGAAAGUUAACAUGAAACAAAUGGAGAACAAGAAUUUAUCUUAUUCUAUGUUAGUGAUUUAUUCCUGUAUGUGGAAUUUUCUUUUAAUUUGCUUUCUUGCAGUGACUGGAAAUAUCUUUGUUCUGAUGAUUUACAGUAAUACUAAGUGUUUUAAUUAGUUUUAUGUAUUGUAUUAAACUUAUGUUGAAUAAAGUUAUCUAAUGAAA